AGAGAAUUUUCAAAGUGUUUCGCAACAACAUCGUCCUGCACCCAGCGUGAAGAAGAAGCCAUCACACAGAAUGGUAAAGACGAGAAAGAGCAAGACAGAAGCAUCAACUGUAGACACAGAGAGACAUGAUGAGAUGGAAAUCGAUGAUGAAGCUCCUGAGGCAGUUUCCUUCAGUCAGGGAAGACAAGAGGCAUUAGAAUCUAUAUCAAAUGCACUCAAAGAUCUUCAGAGAACAAAGUUAAAAGCCAAGGAGAAACGUCGAGAACGAGACAAACUUCUUAAGGAGCAGAAACAAAAGAAGAAGGUAUCCCUUAGCAAGGCUAGGCUACCUGCUGAGCUACUUGACAAACUUGCCCAACCAAAGGAGUUAACGUCAGAAAUCAGUGAGAAAUCACAGACAGAAUCCAGCCCUCAGGGGAAGCUAACAGUUCCUGUCAGGAAUGAUGAUGAUGAUGAAGAUAGUGACUUUGAAGAGUUUGAUGAGGAGAAGGAGCCAACUACCAUCCAAGUCAUCCAGAGAUCUAAAGUUCAUAAUCCAUCUCCUAAUGAAGCUACACUCCAGUUUCUACAGAAUCAGAUGUAUGGCUCAAGAAUACCUAGGGAAUCCAUGGCAAAGAAUGUCUCCAGAAAGUUGAAGAGAUAUGGGAAGCCUGGGAUGAACUUUUGCCUGAAAAAGCCACAAGGAAUGACACUGAAGAAAAAGAGGGAAAACAGAACUUGACAUCAGUCAGCAAUUACUGUGAAAAAAUUAAAACAAUGAAAAGUCGAAUUUUAUUUCUUAAUUCAUUAUAAGGCUCAAUGAAAAUGUGGUAGUCUAUUUCCCAUUUGGUACUAUGGAAAAUUGCAGCAGUUUAGAUGUUCAUGAAGAGGCCAAUAUUCAAGAGAAAAAUUUAUCUGUUUACUUUUUAAUGAAACAAGGAAAUAAUUUCAGACAUAUUUGGCCAACAUAUUUUCUUCUCUCUGUUGGCACUUUAUUACACUCUGACAUGCUUUAUUGGAACUGGUUACAGUUUUCAAUCUGAAACUGUGAAGAAUAUUUUAAGUGCAUUUCCCAAAAUUAAUGAGGUAGAUGUGUUAUCGUAACAUUAAUGUCAGCCUAAAACUGUGUUACAUAUUGUAAUAAAAUCAGGCAGCUUUUUGUACUUA